AUGGAGUAUUUACGAAAGCUAGACGACGCGGCCUUCGCGACUCAAGAGAUGGACCUGGUUCUGGAGCUGGAGUCGCGAGUCGAGCAGUUAGAGAGCGCAAAUAAGGAGCAGGAGAAGGAGAUAUCCUCUCUAAGAACACAGCUCUCUAUGACAGAGGAGAGUCUCCAACGCGAAAAGGAGGCGUCAGUACGUCUCUUGCAGCUGCUGCAGCAAGAGCGCGAGGCGCGAUCGGCCAUGGCGGCGGUGAGGGAGGAGGACCGGGUACUAUCGGAUGCGGAUAUGGCGGCGCUGAUGCAGAAGAACAAGGAGCUUGAAGACGUGCUCCGGAGAUUAGAGGAAGACGUGGAGGCGAUUUCGCAGGAAAAAGAAUCUCUUAUGAAAGACAGAGAUGGCAUGGCGGUUGAAUCCAGCUCGUUGUGCGAGCGGCUGGAGGAGGCGGAGGCGGCGAGCGAGAUGCUGAAGCGGGAGAACGAGAACCUCGAGGCUGAGCUGGUGGCCGCGCGCAAGUCGCGAGACACGUACUGGAACCACAGCAUCGCAUUGUACCAAGAAAAGACAAGGUUGGAGGAGCAACUCGCGAUGAUGAAUAAAAUCACCAGCACCAUGUCGGGUUCGACUGCCAGGCAAAGGGCGGCAGCGCGCCACUCUUUAGCGGGUACAGGAGGAGGCAGCUCAGCCAAGCAGGGCCCAAACAGGGGAACCACACCCACACGCGCUCACGGCCACAACCAGCAGCAACAGCAGCAGCAGCAGUUUCAGAAUUACUCAAACCCACUCCAGGCCCACAUUUCCCUCACCCCCCCUCCGCCAUUCUCGAAAGUGACAGACCCGUUUGAGUUACCAGUAGACUACUCCUACCAGGACGUGCCGUCUACAGCAAACCACCAGUUCCCAGGGGCCCCGGGCGGCCUAUGCUUGUCCCCAUCCCGGGCUGAUAAUCCGUCGGUGAGAAGCUUGAAUGGGCGGGAAGGCAUCUCUGGGAGUAGGAUUCCUGGGGCAGGCACGGGAGCAACCGCUGCCGCAGCAGCCGCAGCAGCCGCAGCAGCCACAGCAGCACGGCGGCAGUCGGAAGCUCCUGGUGGGUUCGGUCAUUCCUCCGGCAGGCAGCAGCAGCAACAGCAGCAGCAGUCGCCACCGCGGCAGAGGGAGUCGUUCUAUCAGGUUAACCCUUCUGCAACAGGAGGAGCUGGAGGUGCUGUAUCCCAGCAGCUGCAUUUCCAGCAGCAGCAACAACAGUUGCAGCAGCAGCAGCAGCAGCAGCAGCAGGUACACCAGCUGCAGCACACACAGAAGCAGCUAGCGGCACAUCCGCCCACCCUCAUCCCCUCCCCUGCCUCCUCCGCGCGUCUCAACUCCGAGCGCUCCUCCAUCUGCAGCUCCCCGCGGAGCCCUGGAAAAGCAGGCUCGGGGGGAGGCGGGGGAGGGGGAAGAACCGGAAGCGGGGGAGGAGGGGGAGGGGGAGGGGGAGGCGGAGGUGGGGGAGGCGGAGGCGGAGGCGGAGGCGGAGGGGGAGGGGGGAGGAGCAGAGCAGGUGGGCUGGACGGGAGUGGUGAGUACAUGGAUGAAAACUGCAAGUCUGGAGUAUCGUGGGGGAGUGGGGGGAAUGACGUGGGGGAGUCAGGAGGGGAGGAGUCCGUGGGGAGUACGAGUAUGAUUCCGCGGUACAGUGGCAGCAGUAGGCUGCCUGUCCCUGGUGCAGUGAACGGUUGCCGUGCUGGGAGUGGGGGCAAGGUUUGGCGGUAG